AUGGCAUCCCUCUCCGGCCAACCAUCAAAGAAGAGCAUGCGCACCUCGAGAGGCUCCGAUGGUUCUCUGCCAGGCAGCCGUAACUCCGGCGGCCAAACCGUUAAAUUUGCGAGGCGAACAUCAAGCGGACGAUAUGUUAGUCUGUCCAGAGAAGACCUGGACAUGUCGGGUGAGUUGUCGGGGGAUUACAUGAACUACACGGUGCACAUGCCGCCGACGCCGGACAAUCAGCCGAUGGACACGUCCGUGGCUGCCAAGGCGGAAGAGCAAUACGUUUCGAAUUCUCUUUUCACCGGGGGAUUCAACAGCGUGACACGUGCACAUCUCAUGGACAAGGUGAUCGAGUCGGAGGUGAGUCAUCCUCAGAUGGCUGGAGCCAAGGGCUCUGCAUGUUCCAUGCCUGCUUGCGAUGGAAAGGUCAUGAAGGAUGAAAGGGGAGCUGACGUCAUCCCUUGUGAUUGUAGGUUCAAAAUUUGUAGAGAUUGCUACAUGGAUGCACAAAAAGGAAGUGGUCUAUGCCCAGGAUGCAAGGAGGUAUACAAAAUGGAAGAUUUUGAGGACGAGUCUCAAGAUUUUUCAAAAGGAACGCUGCAAUUGCCAGCCCCAGACGGCUCAAAAAGGGAUCCCAAAAACAUGUCUAUGAUGAAGAGGAACCAAACCGGAGAAUUUGAUCACAACAGGUGGUUGUUUGAGACAAAAGGUACCUACGGCGUUGGAAAUGCCUUUUGGCCCCAGGAUGAUGUCUUUGAAGAAGAAGAUGAUGAGGGGUUCAAGGGGGGCAUGUUGGACCCAAAGGAUAAGCCUUGGAAGCCCCUUAGUCGAAAAAUUCCAAUUGCCGCUGCCAUCAUCAGCCCUUACAGGUUGCUGAUACUUGUUCGGCUUGUGGUGCUGUGUUUCUUCUUGCAAUGGAGACUGACACAUCCAAACGAAGACGCCGUCUGGUUGUGGCUGAUGUCGGUUGUGUGCGAGACAUGGUUCGCCUUCUCAUGGCUUCUCGACCAAAUUCCUAAGCUCUGCCCCAUCAACCGUUCUACAGAUCUUCAAGUUCUCCACGACAAGUUUGACAUGCCGUCGCCGUCCAAUCCCACCGGCCGCUCCGAUCUUCCCGGCGUUGACUUAUUUGUGUCCACGGCUGACCCAGAGAAAGAGCCGCCUCUUGUCACUGCCUGCACCAUCCUUUCAAUCCUAUCCGUCGAUUACCCUGUGGAAAAGAUUGCUUGCUACGUUUCUGACGACGGAGGCGCCCUCCUUACCUUCGAGGCAAUGGCGGAGGCGGCAAGCUUCGCUGAUUUGUGGGUUCCGUUCUGUCGGAAACAUGAUAUUGAGCCGAGGAAUCCUGAGACUUACUUCACCUUGAAAGUCGACCCAACAAAAAACAAAAGUAGGUUGGAUUUUGUGAAGGAUAGGCGGAGGGUGAAGAGAGAGUUCGACGAGUUUAAGGUGAGGAUAAAUGGGCUUCCAGACUCGAUUAGGAGGAGAUCGGAAGCUUUCAAUGCGAGGGAGGAAAUGAAGAUGUUGAAGCACAUGAGGGAGAGCGGCGCUGACCCUUCGGAGCCCAUGAAGGUCCAAAAGGCCACGUGGAUGGCUGAUGGGACCCACUGGCCUGGUACUUGGACUGUCUCUUCUAGUGAACAUGCCAAAGGUGAUCAUGCCGGAAUUCUUCAGGUGAUGUUAAAGCCCCCUAGCAAUGAUCCGCUAAUAGGAGGCACAGACGAAAAGAUCAUAGACUUCUCUGACGUCGACAUACGCCUCCCCAUGUUUGUAUACGUGUCACGUGAGAAACGGCCCGGCUAUGAUCAUAACAAGAAAGCUGGCGCCAUGAAUGCACUGGUGCGAGCUUCGGCCAUCCUUUCUAAUGGCCCAUUCAUUCUCAACCUCGACUGCGACCACUACAUCUACAACUGCAAAGCUGUCCGUGAAGGAAUGUGCUUCAUGAUGGACCGCGGAGGCGAGAACAUUUGCUACAUUCAAUUCCCACAGAGAUUUGAAGGCAUUGAUCCCUCCGACCGCUACGCCAACAACAACACCGUGUUCUUCGACGGAAACAUGCGUGCCCUUGACGGUGUGCAGGGUCCGGUUUAUGUUGGAACUGGGUGCAUGUUUAGGCGGUUUGCUUUGUACGGUUUCGACCCGCCGGAGGUGAAAGAAAAUCCUCAGAAAACUGACUCUGAGAUGCAAACAUUAAAUGCCAGCGACUUUGAUCCUGAUCUUGACGUGAAUAGGCUGCCAAAGCGGUUUGGAAAUUCCACAAUGUUGUCGGAGUCGAUACCGAUAGCUGAGUUCCAAGGCCGCCCCCUUGCUGAUCAUUCUGCUAUCAAGUAUGGACGACCUCCUGGUGUUCUCCGGGUCCCACGAGACCCUCUCGAUGCCACAAGCGUUGCCGAGGCUGUAUCCGUCAUUUCUUGCUGGUACGAGGAUAAGACGGAAUGGGGUGACCGAGUGGGAUGGAUUUACGGUUCGGUGACGGAAGAUGUGGUGACAGGCUAUCGAAUGCACAAUCGUGGGUGGCACUCGGUCUACUGCAUCACCAAGCGUGACGCAUUUCGAGGAUCAGCUCCAAUCAACCUCACCGACAGACUCCACCAAGUGCUCCGAUGGGCCACCGGCUCCGUCGAGAUUUUCUUCUCUCGAAACAACCCCUUGCUGGGUUCCCGCCGCCUCAAGUUUCUCCAACGCAUGGCUUACCUUAACGUCGGCAUAUAUCCCUUCACCUCCAUAUUCCUCAUCGUCUACUGCUUCCUUCCGGCGCUCUCGCUCAUCUCAGGCCACUUCAUCGUGCAAACGCUCAGCGUAGCCUUCUUGAUCUACCUCCUAACCAUAACAAUAUGCCUCAUCGCGCUCGCCAUCCUGGAGGUAAAAUGGUCCGGCAUUUCGCUGGAGGAGUGGUGGAGAAACGAACAAUUUUGGCUCAUUUCCGGAACCAGCGCGCACUUGGCGGCCGUCGUCCAAGGACUACUCAAAGUCAUUGCAGGGAUUGAGAUAUCCUUCACGUUGACUUCAAAGUCAGGGGGAGAGGACAUAGACGACAUUUUCGCAGACUUGUACCUCGUGAAGUGGUCGUCGUUGAUGAUUCCGCCGAUCGUCAUUGCAAUGGUGAAUAUAAUCGCCAUUGCCAUUGCAUUCUCGAGGACUAUUUACAGCACGGUCCCUCAGUGGAGCAAGUUCGUCGGAGGUGCGUUUUUCAGCUUCUGGGUGUUGGCUCAUUUGUAUCCUUUCGCCAAAGGGUUGAUGGGGAGGAGAGGGAAGACGCCGACGAUCGUGUUUGUUUGGUCGGGUCUCAUCGCAAUCACGCUUUCCUUGCUCUGGAUCGCCAUUAGCCCCCCUAAGGCAUCCACGGCAGAUGCUAGUGGAGGAGGGUUUCAGUUCCCUUGAACA